UCAAUCAACAUUAUUUUACCUCUAUUGGCUAUGGAGUGCAAAUUUUACAGGUCGGCCAAUUGGAAUUUAGUAAAACAUUUCGUUUCAGUAUUGGUAUUGGUUUUCUUUCCGGGGCUUUCUUAUGAAAAAAAAAAAAGAAGUCAUGAAAGCAUGCUAGCUGACCUAGCAGCUUAAAGCUUGAGUUGUAGAAAUGCGUGCGUUUUAGCUGAGUGUGUUUGAGACCAAUUUAGCGUUUACUCUGAAAUGACUUAGGAAAGCGUUGGCUGUACGCUAACGUAUUGGUGGACCAUAAAGAUAGUCGGAAGAUGAUAGAACCAGAGUUACUGACCGAGGUCCCUGCAGCACUUAAGCGGCUAGCCAAGCAGGUUGUGAGGGGUUUCUAUGGAGUGGAGCAUGCCCUGGCCCUGGAUGUGCUCAUCCGUAAUCCAUGUGUACGUGAGGAGGACAUGCUGGAGCUGCUCAAGUUUGACCGUAAACAGCUGCGCUCAGUACUAAACACCUUGAAGUCAGACAAGUUUGUCAAGUGCCGCAUGAGGGUGGAGACAGCCCCUGAUGGCAAGACAACACGGCACAACUACUACUUCAUCAACUACAGGGUACUGGUCAAUGUGGUCAAGUAUAAAUUGGAUCACAUGCGACGGCGCAUCGAAACAGAUGAGCGAGACUCCACCAACCGUGCUUCCUUCCGGUGCCCUUGCUGCUUCUCCACCUUCACCGACCUAGAAGCCAACCAGCUGUUUGACCCUAUGACAGGUACAUUUCGCUGCACCUUCUGCCAGACGGAGGUAGAAGAGGACGAGUCUGUCUGUCCUGAUGCCAGGACACUGGUGGCACGAUUCAAUGAGCAGAUAGAACCCAUCUAUGCGCUGCUACGUGAGACCGAAGAUGUCAACUUGUCCCAUGACCUGCUGGAACCUGAGCCUUCUGAGAUCCCUGCUCUCAAACAGAGCCGUGAACGUGCUGCGGCCUCCGGAGGAAACCCUGCCAGCGGCCAGCACCGUGAAGCCUGGUCUAACAAAGGCUCGUCUUACGCCGACCUGUACACCCAGAAUGUGGUUAUCAGCAUGGAGGAGCAGGAUGACCAACAGAAGCAGGCCAAUGAGGGCAAGGCAACUAAGGAGAGGCCCGUCUGGUUGACCCAGAGCACCGUGCAGGGUGCUUACAGCGAACCUGACAUCCUCAAGAACCGUGGAGACAUUGUACCCGAAACCCAGGAUGGAGUGGCUGGUCAUGGAAUUGGUCAGGCAGAUGAAAAUGAGGAGGUGAUGCGUGCACUGCUCAUCCAUGAGAAGAGGGGCGUGGCAGGAGCAGGUGGAGGUGGAGCAAGCGCUGCUGCCAGGGGACUUGCCUCCGCCACAGCUAAUGCCAGCGACUCCGAGAGCGACACUAGCGAAUCGGACGACGACUUUCCCUCAGGUCCUCCCCCUGCCACAGCUGCUCAGCAUCGGGCCGAGGAGGAGGAGGAGGAAGAGGAAGAGGAUGAGUUUGAGGAGGUGGGGGAUGAGCCAGUGGUGAUGGUGGGAGGUCGGCAGUUCUCAUACCGGGAGGUGAGCCAGAGGCCGGAGCUAGUGGAGCAGAUGUCUGCACAGGAGAAAGAGGCCUACAUUGAAAUGGGACAAAACCUCUUCCAGGACAUGUUCUUCUGAACACACACACACACUUACACACACACACUAUUUCCCAAAUACAUGCUUCUGCUGUUUCACAUUGUCAGUGGUGUUAUCGGAGGACAUUUCUGUGGACACAACUUAUCAAGAUGGAAAACAAGAUGCUGCUCAAUAAGUAUUGACAGUCAGCUUCAUGCUCCUGCGUUAUAAGGACCAAGGACAUGGUUUGACAGUGUUGCCUAAAUGAUCGCACUUGUAGUAUUCUGUCCAGGGAAUUUUUGAAAGCCACCAAAUCAGAAGGGUGCUGACCAGCUGCAGUUUGUGCACAAAGUGUCAGUUUUGUGGAUCUUUUUUUUUUUUUUGGGGGGAGAAUAUAAUUUUGAAUGCAGUUUUUGUUGGGUUUUUUUCCUAAAUUGUAUUCACUUUGUAAAAAUAAACCAUUUUCUCUCAUUGCUCUCAUUACACUCUGGCACAAAAACCACUUCUUCUCAGUGCUGUAAAAAAAACAAUGUUUACCCCCUCGGUUUUCUGACUAUUUUUGUGUUUCAAAACGACUUUUCAAAUUAAAUCAAUGUCUUUCUUAUACAAAAGUGGUUAGGACAUGUUUACUUUUUGUUUAUAAAAUACAUUUUAAAUGAAAGUGAAUAAUGUCCAAAAAAUAUACCUUUUUUUUGAGUAGGACCUACUGCUAUCACUGACAAAUGUUUCUUACUCAGGUGAAUUAUUAACAAUUUUAAAACUGGUAAGUUUAACUGUUAAAAUUGAGAACAAACAGUACCAGUGGAUUGGUCUGUGUCAGAUGGAUUGAAAUUUAAAAGUGAACCCAAAAUAAUGCACUACAAAUUUACACUACCUAUGAUGUACAACAAAUUUCUUUAAAUGAAAUUGAUAUGUAUUUCCUAAAAUAUAUUUUCUAAAGGUCACAAAAGUA